GAGAACAAUGCACGUCUCUACAGCUGCGGCAAGUGCUCCAAAAGCUAUGCGCGCCUGGAUCACCUCUCACGCCAUGUGAGAAUGCACACACAGGAAAAGCCAUACGCGUGUCAAAUCUGCACAAAAGCCUUUGCAAGAGCAGAUCUCCUAAAGCGGCACACUCUCGGCCACUCC